CGACGGCGUGUGCUUCCUCUUCUCCUUCUUCCUAUCCCCGGCGUCUUCUUGCGGCUGAUCUUCUCCAUCGCCGUCUUCACUGAGGUUACUUGCGCUUCCUGAGGUUUGCUACACUUCCCUGGAAUAGAGAGAACCUGGAGCACUCUCCUAUGCUUCUCACAGUCAUUAUUUACUGUCUUUGUCAUAGACAGAUCUUCUCAUGGCUAGAAGCUCUCCUUAUCCACCUCUAAGUAGACGGAAAAUUGCGUCUCUCAAGUUGUUGAUACCAUGUGUUCUAGUUCUUUCAGUGGCUGUUAUUGUUGUCACCCAGUAUUUCCAAAAUAUCUCCUACCUUCUGCGGCCACUGUGGGACACACCACCAAAGCCAUUCAUCCGCAUCCCGCACUAUUAUGCCCCCAACAUCUCCAUGCCCCAGCUCUGUCAGCUCCAUGGUUGGGGUAUCCUCCCCACCCCUCGCCGUGUCUUUGAUGCUGUCCUCUUCAGUAAUGAACUUGAUAUCCUAGAGAUUCGCUACGGUGAGCUCCUUCCACAUGUUGAUAGGUUUGUCAUCCUUGAGGCCAAUGCCACCUUCACUGGCAUCCCAAAGUCGCUUUCUUUCUUGGAAAAUAUCAAUCGCUUUGCAUUUGCUGGCUCCAAGAUUGUGUAUGAUAUGCUUCCGGUGAUAGAACUGGAUCCUGGUUCUCGUCGUCUGCCCUUCCAUGUCGAGGCUGGUCACCGUCGUGCACUUAAUAUGCUUCUGCGAAGAUCAGGCAUUGCUGUGGGGGAUGUCUUGAUCAUGGCUGAUGCUGAUGAGAUCCCUAGCCCUGAGACGGUGCAACUGCUCAAGUGGUGUGAUGGAAUACCACAAGUCAUGCAUCUUGAGCUGAAGAAUUAUAUGUACUCCUUUGAAUUUCCUGUCGACUACAACAGCUGGAGGGCGACAGCACAUGUGUUCACUGAGCAUACAUUGUAUCGCCACUCCCGUCAGAGCAACCUUAUGCUGGCUGAUGCAGGCUGGCAUUGCAGCUUCUGCUUCAAGGACAUCAGGGAGUUCGCUUUCAAGAUGAAGGCAUAUAGUCACGCAGACCGGGUGAAACAGGACAGCUUCCUAAAUCCAGACAGAAUCCAGAGGGUCAUAUGCAAUGGGGAGGACCUGUUUGACAUGCUACCUGAAGAGUACACAUUUAGGGAUCUCUUCAAGAAGAUGGGGCCCAUACCAAAGUCAGCAUCUGCUGUUCAUCUGCCUUCCUACUUGAUUAAGAAUGCAGACAAGUUCAGAUUCUUGCUUCCUGGUGGAUGCUUGAGAUCAGGCUAGAUCAGAGAUGUUCUUUAGCUUUUUUUUAGCCAACAGUACAACUUUUAGAUGCGAUACUGUUGCUUCUGCUGAAAUAGAGGUCUUUUGUUAAUGACACAGCAAUACUUUUAGAUAGCUUGGUAGGGUUUUGAUGCUGUAGGCAGUAAGUGAACUUUUACCUUGUAUUUGUAGUGAUGAGAAACUCAACACCAGAAUUUACAGGAAAAAAUAUUAAAGGUAGAAUGGCUGAAUGGCAACAAAA